GUCGCGGGAGGACCGUUCUCACACAGCGUCAUCAUAACAACAACAACAGGCUGACACCCAGAGCACUUUCACUCUCUCACAGACACAGAUGCACUGAUAGCAAGCGCUCCGCAGCGGUUUCUGCUCACAGAGGAGCGUUUUAGAAAGAGGUCAUGUGGAUGUAAGCGCGUUUGUGAAUGUUUAAUCCCAUUUUCUAUUUAAGGAGAGGAAACGGCUUGAGCUGAAAGGAGGUCUGUAGCUGCUUUUCAGAUGCUGGACUAUUAUGGUCCAGCUUGAGAACACCAAGUGCAGUUUUCUCUUCUGCCUUGGAGUCUGCAUCCUAAUAUGUUCUGCCAUCUACCUGAAAGCCAAGAUACCAAACACCCCAGUUCCUUCAACUGAAUUGAGCAGACAAACCACGCCAGCUCCCAAAAGCUGUGACAUUCUUCCACAUGCAACUCCCGGGUUUACAUGGCAGCGAAAAGACUGUAAGAAAAUCAGCUAUGAGACCAAACAGGACGCAAACUGCACCCUUUUGCAGUCAGAUCUGCACUUUAUCAUGGCGCCACUGAGCAAAGAAGAAGACGACUUCCCUUUGGCUUUCAUAAUCACCAUCCACAAAGAGCUGGAAACAUUUGUGCGGCUACUGAGAGCCAUUUAUGCGCCACAGAAUGUGUACUGCAUCCACAUAGACGCUAAAGCACCGGAAGAAUACAAGACGAGCGUCCGAAACCUAGCUGGGUGCUUCCCAAAUGUCUUUGUGGCAUCCAUUAACGAAAAAGUGACUUACGCUGGCUUCUCCCGUCUGCAGGCUGAUAUCAACUGCAUGAAUGACUUGGUUAAGUCUCCAACAAAAUGGAAAAGAGUUAUAAAUCUGUGCGGCCAGGACUUCCCAAUCCAGACCAACCUGGAACUGGUCCGGUACAUGCAAGGAGCCGAAUGGAAAGACAGGAACAUGACGCCGGGAAUCAAGCAGCCACCCACUAUGAAGCACAGGACUGAGUUUCAGUACGAGGAGGUAAAAGGCACCCAUGUUGCACCAAAAGGCAAGGGUCAAAAGAAGGGACCGCCUCCUCACAACCUGACAAUGUACUUCGGGACUGCCUAUUACUCCUUAACAAGACCGUUUGUGGAGUUUGUCCUCAACGACAAGGUGCCUAAAGACUUGCUGGAGUGGUCUAGAGACACCUUCAGCCCUGAUGAGCAUUACUGGGUGACGCUGAACCACAUGAAAGAAGCACCUGGCAGUUACGUAGAAGGCGAAUGGGAAGGUAACGUCCGUGCAAUCAAAUGGAGGGACCAAGAAGGUACAGCACACCAGGGCUGUAAAGGACAAUACAUCAGGGAUAUCUGCGUUUACGGGAUUGGUGACUUACCAUGGCUUAUUGAAAGAGAGAGCAUGUUUGCGAAUAAAUUUGAGACCGCAAACUUCCCAGAAGCCCUAGAUUGUCUAGAACUGUGGCACCGACAUAAAAUUCUCAAGCAGGCUACGGUUCCCGUUCAACCAUCAUGGCGUCUCACCACAGAGGUUGAAGUCAUCAACAGCACACUCAUUUUAAAACCAGGGGACUGUUUUUGAGCAAACACCAACAAAAACCUAACUGGAACAUUUUCUGCUUUACGGUGCAAAUGCGGUCACUGUGGUCAAUGUGCGUCAAUAUGCACGCCCCAUGGCAAUGCAGCUCGUGAUGUGUAUACAUGUUGAAAACGUGAACAAUGAUUGUUAUGUGAGUGAUGAGUAAUAUAACUGUUGUGCUGUUAAAAGUAAUAGUCAUUUAUAUUUAUUUUUAUUUAUUAACUGUUGCAUAAUGCACUGUUUAAAGUGGAUAAAUAAUAAAGAAAGGCAUAAAAAUCCGAGGCGAAAUCCAACAAACACUUAUUACAAUCAAAGGACAUUAUACUGUGAUAUAUACCGUAAUUGAGUAAAAAGUUUGAAAAUACUGUAAUUUUUGACUUACAAAGCCAAUAAUUAGUCAAGAGAUUAGUGAGCAUCAUUACGGCAUGCUACUGUAAUACUUUCAUACUGUAAGGCGCAUUUUACUAAUUAUGUACACAUUAACAUCUGCUCAAGUCAAUUUGGUUUUCAACAUGGAUUUCAGCAUUGUUUAUAUUGUUCAAUUUUUGUGCUUCAUUUUUUGUUACAUUUUUUUGAUUAAAUUGAUAAAAACCCAGCAGAACACAUAAAGCACUUUUGCUUCCACUGUGGUUUUAAUAAAUGUGAGUGAGUCUUUAGCAACUUGGAUAAAUAAAAUAUUGUCUUUUUUUUGGGUGGGGACGCUGACAAAAUAACUUAAUAUAGACAUUAACACUUAAAUCACGACCACUAAUAGACAUUUAGUCAAACAUAUCACCACAAAUUGGUACUACAGGUGAUGAUAUAUACUGCCAUGUGUCAUUCAUUUACAAUACAGACAUAAAUUAUGUCUCAAUUCAUGUUUUUUGAGGAGAGAUGUGCUGAUACUUUAUUAAACAUUCUGACUUUAUGAUCAUUUUCACCUGGUGGAUAGAAAGCAGGUGGGCAAGUACGACUCACAAGUCUCCUAAGAUAUCUGUAUUUGCUUAGAUGCUUUUACAUAAAUUAAAAAGCUUAACCCCUUAACUGUCACUCAAAUUUUUGAACAUUGACUUUGUAGUGCACGAUUCAAACUUAAAUAUUUAUAAUUCAUGAAUGAAAAUAUUUUGUAACAUGAUAUUGAUGUACCAUUUACAUGGAAAUGCAAUGUCUGAUUUUAAAAUGGGUUUUAAAAGAUGAAUUUUGAGAUUUUAAGUUUUCAGUCGAUAUAUAACUUCUGAUGAUUUCUAAAAUGUGAUAGAGAAAAAGGCAACAAAGAAGUCUCUUUUUUUAAACAAAGGUCAAAACUCCAGUUAUAAUUUAGAUUUUUGAGGGUGCACUCUUGUCAUAAAUUAAUCAAUUACUUUUCCUACAUAAUUUUAAGCAAAAAAACCCGGGGAAAAAUAUAUAUUUGGGAGUCUUAGACCUUUCCAACGAUAUAUAGUUUGUCAAGAUUAGAUUAGAUUUAAUUGUAAUAUAGUGAAGUAAAUGUAGGCGUCCCGCAGAGUGGACGGGUGACAGUUAACAGGUUAAUGUAUGAAAUCAGAAAUAAAAUAAAAUGAAAAUUUGGGUGAGAAGAAAAACAUGCCACUGAAGCAUAACUUUAUUUAUUUCAGCCCAUGGUCCUCAACUGCGUUCUGCUCUAAGUGAUACUACUACAACAACAAAAAAGGUUUAAGCCAUUCGAUCUGGUCAGCUUUCCCUGGAGACAGAAUGAAAAAUGCCUAUUCAAAACCUAGACACAUGUAACGCAAUACAUAACCACAGGUUAUGAUUAACAGCACCAGGAAUAGUUAAAAAUUUGCUUGGAAAUAAAAAACCCUCCGAGAUUUAUAUUCUAUAUUCAAAUAUAGCUGAAUGUUUGUCGAGGCACAGCAUGCUAUGCACCGAUCUGACAUGUUUAUGCCAGUUUGGAGAAGAGAUGGACAGCAGGAUGCAGUUUCCCUAUUUCCGCCAUAAUGCAUGGAUUAAUUGAGACAUAUGCCACAGAGAAACGGCAGCUAGCUGAGCCUGAAACCAAUUAGACCGAGGCAAGGGACUGGGAGGUCAAUGAUUCACUACUGAGAGGGAAAGACAAGACGCGGUCAUUAGCCACGGUCCAACUCCAUCCAAUCACAAACGUAAACACAGCAGAAAGAGCACACAUUACAAGAAACCUGACAAAUCACCUGGACACAGAAAAACACAAGCAGAACGGCUGGCUAUUGAUCUCAGAGCUUAUCUUCAUCUGUGAUGAUAACACAUUGUCCACAUCCGCAUUUGAAACUGUCAAACUAGAUAU